AUGGGUGUCACACUCUCCAGGAAGGAGCGGGACGACAGGACUCUGCUUGCAGCCAGGGACUGGGAUCCAGCCUUCUUCCUGAGCCAUCGCGGUGUGGCGCUGGAAGCAGCGGGGCCGUGGGAUAAGGCUACGAGCCAGCUUCUGCUGGAGACGGACUGGGAAUCCAUCCUGCAGAUCUGCGACAUGAUCCGUCAGGGAGAUACCCAAGCAAAAUAUGCCGUCAACGCUAUCAAGAAGAAAGUCAAUGACAAGAAUCCCCACGUGGCGCUCUACGCACUGGAGGUCAUGGAGUCGGUGGUUAAAAACUGUGGCCAAACAGUCCAUGACGAGGUGGCCAAUAAACAGACUAUGGAGGAACUGAAGGAAAUACUAAAGAGGCAAGUGGAGACAAGUGUCCGCAGUAAGAUCCUGUACCUUAUCCAGGCCUGGGCUCACGCCUUCCGCAAUGAGCCCAAGUACAAGGUGGUGCAGGACACCUAUCAGAUAAUGAAGGUUGAAGGUCACGUGUUCCCGGAGUUCAAAGAGAGCGAUGCCAUGUUUGCUGCAGAAAGGGCUCCAGACUGGGUCGAUGCUGAGGAGUGUCACAGAUGUCGAGUGCAGUUUGGUGUCGUGACGCGGAAGCAUCACUGCAGGGCCUGCGGGCAGAUUUUCUGUGGCAAAUGCUCCUCCAAGUAUUCCACCAUCCCCAAGUUCGGGAUUGAGAAGGAAGUGAGAGUCUGUGAGCCCUGUUACGAGCAUCUCAACAAGAAAGCUGAGGGUAAAGCUGCUGCCACCUCUGAACUGCCCCCCGAGUACCUGACCAGCCCUCUCUCUCAGCAGUCCCAGCUGCCUCCAAAGCGUGAUGAGACGGCUCUGCAAGAGGAGGAAGAGCUCCAGCUAGCUAUUGCCUUGUCUCAGUCAGAGGCCGAGGAGAAGGAGAGAAUGAGGCAGAAAACAACCUACUCCAUGUACCCGAAGGCUGAGCCCACACCCGUCACCUCAUCAGCCCCCCCGGUCAGCACGCUCUAUUCCCCACCUGUGAAUUCCUCUGCUCCCUUGGCUGAGGACAUUGACCCGGAGCUGGCUCGGUACCUGAACCGCAACUACUGGGAGAAGAAACAAGAGGAAGUUCGCAAGAGCCCCACCCCGUCAGCACCUCUGUCCCUCACAGAGCCAGCUGCUCAGCCUGGGGAAGGCCACCCCGCCCCGCUCGGUGUUGUUGAGCAGCAGUACCAGAACGGCGAGUCUGAGGAGAACCAUGAGCAGUUCCUGAAGGCGCUGCAGAAUGCGGUCACCACGUUUGUCAACCGCAUGAAGAGCAACCACAUGCGGGGCCGCAGCAUCACCAAUGACUCUGCCGUAUUGUCCCUCUUCCAGUCCAUCAACAACAUGCACCCCCAGCUGCUGGAGCUGCUCAACCAGCUGGAUGAGCGCAGGCUGUACUACGAAGGCCUGCAGGACAAACUGGCCCAGAUUCGGGAUGCACGUGGGGCUCUGAACGCGCUGCGGGAGGAGCAUCGGGAGAAGCUGCGCCGUGCAGCGGAGGAGGCAGAGCGCCAGCGCCAGAUCCAGCUGGCCCAGAAGCUGGAGAUCAUGAGGCAGAAGAAGCAGGAGUACCUGGAGAUGCAGCGCCAGUUGGCCAUCCAGCGACUGCAGGAGCAGGAGAAGGAGAGGCAGAUGCGCCUGGAACAGCAGAAGCAGACCAUCCAGAUGAGAGCCCAGAUGCCAGCCUUCUCUCUGCCUUAUGCCCAACUCCAGGCCAUGCCCGCAGCCAGUGGGGUGAUCUACCAGCCCUCGGGGCCCACCAGCUUCCCUGGCACCUUCAGCCCGGCCGGCUCCGUGGAGGGCUCUCCCAUGCACAGCGUAUACAUGAACCAGGCAGCACAAGGGGGCACGGGGCCGUACACCGCAAUGCCCGUCACAGGGACGGAUCCCAGCAUGGUGAACGCCUACAUGUACCAGCCGGGGGCAGGCAGCGGGCAAGCGGCUCAGCAGGGGCAGGCGGUGCCCCCCCCCACCCCGGCGGACCCCAGCGCAGCCUCGCAGUCGCAGAGCAUCCCGGCCAUCUCUCAGGCCCCCCAGUCGGGCGCCAUGGGCUACAUGGGCAGCCAGUCGGUCUCCAUGGGGUACCAGCCCUAUGGCAUGCAGGAGGAGGAGGUCCCGCUCAAGAAAGAGAAAACGCAUUUCACCGUCCGGCUGACGGAGCUGAAGCCUGCUGACAAGGUGAAGCUGAUCAAGGAGGUGAAGAACUUCGUGCCGGGAGUGAACCUCGUGCAGGCAAAGAAGCUGGUGGAGUCCCUUCCGCAGGAGAUCAAGGCUAACGCCUCCAAGGAGGAAGCAGAGAAGAUCAAAGCGGCGCUGGAGGCAGCAGGAGGGACUGUGGUUCUGGAGUAGGCGGCCCCGUCUCGCCACGGAGGGACUGGCGCAACGGCAGCCUUCCCUGCUGCCACCUGACCGGGCGCUGGCCGCUGCCCGAGCCGGGGUCUGAACGUUUCCGAGUGCAGGACGUCCCCUAGUUGUGCGGCGGGAAUGCUCUCUCGAAGCGAUCCGGCGUGAGAAUGCUGUACGGUUUGGCGGGGCUGCUGCCUAGUUCCGGCAUCGCAGUGGACUCUACCUUCAUAAAAUGUCCCAAAAAACCUGUAA